AUGAGUUCCCAAAGUGGCCUCGCCAAUGCUUUCCCAGGCCCCAAUACUGGAAGCGCAAGCACAACUUCAACCUCUACAGUUCGAUCGCGCCCUCGACGCUUAGUCUCAUUCAUGGAUGACGACGAUGACGAAGGAUCCCACUAUUCUAACCAGAGCGACUCUCAGCCCAUGUCCUCCGCCUUGUCCACCACUCUUGCACCAUCCGAGAACGGGGCGACUCGUUCUCGUGGACCAUCCCGCGGGGCGUCACCACUCCCUCGGACGCACCCCUCCCGCGCGACCGAAUCUACCAAUCGAGACACUCGCAGUGAUACCUCCUUCGCUUGGAACGGAUCUUCCAUAACCUCGUCGCGAGGUGCCGCAGACUUUCUAGACUCUUCAUGGUCCUCCCUCCAGAGUCUUGCAUCGUCGGUUUUGGGGAGUGAUGCGGGACGAGCCACUCCCCCUAAUACAACAAAGACCAACUCGCGCAGAAAGCCUUCUCGGUCGGAUGUAUAUAUUAAGAGUACCCCGAAGUCAACGUGGGGCCCAUCGGCACCCAAUUCCCUGGAUGUUGGAGCUGGAACCAAGGAGGAGCGACAAGCUCUAGUCCAAGCGAAGAAAAGAGAGGCGCUUCUUCUUGCGGACAGCGACCCAAUUGCAAGCCGUGCAUUUCCCCACAAAAGACGCGACUCGGGGGAUACAUCACAGCAAGCAGUUGACCCAGGGUACGAUGAGGAUGCACUGGCUUACAUUCACACCGUGCAACCGACAGAUACUAUCACCGGUGUGACGAUCAAAUAUGGAUGCCAGGCUGCGGUGUUUCGGAAAUCGAACGGUUUUUGGCCCAAUGACAACAUUCAAAGCCGGAACUUUGUUCUACUGCCAGUUGACGCAUGCUCCGUGAAAGGCCGACCUCUACCUAGGGAAACUGUGGACCUGUUGGGUCCGGAUACCGAGGAUCCCAGUGAUAGCUCUAUCGCCCCUGUGCCUGCCACAGCUGAUGGCGCAGCCAAAGGCAAGGAGAAACCUACACCUCUUGAGGAUCCCAAUCAAGUUUGGACACAUGAAUCAUGGGUGGAAAUGGAUGGAUUCCCAAAACCAAUACAGAUUGUCCGGGUACCUCGAAGUGCACUGGGCUUCUUCCCGCGUACGCGUCGAAAAUCAACAUCCUACUCUGAUGCCGACCCUCCAAUUUUAUACCGAGAAACAGUCACGCCCCCUUCUCCAUCCGGAUCACCCCCUCCACCAUCAUCAUUCGGUGCACUACCACGGACUCGAGUUAAUGGCGACCAAUCCAAGCCCAAAUCCUCAAAUCCCACUCGGCCCGGGCACCGUCGCCAACAGAGCAGCCUCCACCUAACCGGUACUGGUGUGGGGACCCUUGACCCCACAUCGACUGGGCCGGGACCUGCUUUGGAUGGCUUCACGCGGUUCUUUGCACAGCACAUGCCAAAUCUGGCCCCAGCACCACCCCCGGACAACGCACGUAAAGCUUCCUUUGAAUCCGCAUCAACAGUUACCUCCAAUGCAUCGACUGGGCUCGAGAACAUUGGCGGUGCUUUCGAGGGCUGGGUUCGCAAAGUAGCGACACGAGCCAAGGCUGGCAUCAAUGAGUUGCAACAGCCUCCGAGUCAGCAAGGCAGUAACCGAGGACGCAACCUCUGGCGAAUGGAUGACCUAAUUGAGCUUGACGAUAGCAGAGUUGAUGGCCGCGGCUCUCCAAGUCCUUUCCGAGAAAGCCCACAGCGACCCAACUUGCAAGGUGCAUCUUCCUCAUCUUCCGUCCGAUACAACAGCUCUUCAGCAGUGGCAGCGAGCAGGUCUCGUGCUGCUGGUUUUGGCUCGGGGUCUUCGGGCGCGUACGGCGAGCGGGCCAAGGACGACUAA